AUGUUGGAAAGAAGAGUUCAUUACAGACGCCAGAACCACUACAGAACCAAGUCAAACGGGUACAAGAUCGUCAAGACUCCAGGUGGCAAGCUCACAAUUCACUACUUGAAGAGAAGUGCUGGCAAGACUGUCGCUGGUAUUCCCAAGCUUAGAUCACCAGCUCUCUCCAGACUCACCGUCACCAAGAGAACAGUUUCCAGAGCCUACGGUGGAAAACUCACUCAUGCCGAAGUCAGAGAUAAGAUUGUCAGAGCCUUCUUGAUCGAAGAAGUCAAGCAAAUGAAGCGCUUAAUGCAACAAAAGGACAAAUCCUCCAAGAAAUCAAAGAAGAACAAGUCAAAGGGAAAGAAGAAGUGA